AUGCUCUGGGGCGUCCGGGGAGAGCAUCGCGACGCUCUGGGGCGUCCGGGGAGAGCAUCGCGACGCUUUGGGCGUCCGGGGAGAGCAUCGCGACGCUCAGGGGCGUCUGGGGAGAGCAUUGCGACGCUCUGGGGCGUCCGGGGAGACCAUAUUGACGCUCCGGGGCGUCCGGGGAGAGCAUCGCGACGCUCUGGGGCGUCUGGGGAGAGCAUUGCGACGCUCUCGGGCGUCCGGGGAGAGCAUCGCGAUGCUCUGGGGCGUCCGGGGAGAGCAUCGCGACGCUCUGGGGCGUCCGGGGAGAGCAUAGCGACGCUCUGGGGCGUCCAGGGAGAGCAUCGCGACGCUCUGGGGCGUCCGGGGAGAGCAUCACGACGCUCUGGGGCGUCCGGGGAGAGCAUCGCGACGCUCUGGGGCAUCCGGGGAGAGCAUCGUGAAGCUCUGGGGCGUCCGAGGAGAGCAUCGCGACGCUCUGGGGCGUCCGGAGAGAAAAUCGCGACGCUCUGGGGCGUCCGGGGAGAGCAUCGCGACGCUCUGGGGCGUCCGGGUAGAGCAACGCGACGCUCUGGGGCGUCCGGGGAGAGCAUCGCGACGCUCUGGGGCGUCCGGGGAGAGCAUCGCGACGCUCUGGGGCGUGCGGGGAGAGAAUCGCGAUGCUCUGGGGCGUCCAAGGAGAGCAUCGCGAUGCUCUGGAGCGUCCGGGGAGAGCAUCGCGACCCUCUGGGGCGUCCGGGAAGAGCAUCGCGACGCUCUGGGGCGUCCGGGGAGAGCAUCGCGACGCUCUGGGGCGUCCGGGGAGAGCAUAGCAACGCUCUGGGGCGUAUGGGGAGAGCAUCGCGACGCUCUGGGGCGUCCGGGGGAGAGCAUCGUGACGCUCUGGGGCGUCCGGGGAGAGCAUCGCGACGCUCUGGGGCGUCCGGGGAGAGCAUCACGACACUCUGGGGCGGCUGGGGAGAGCAUCGCGACGCUCUGGGGCGUCCGGGUAGAGCAUCGCGACGCUCUGGGGCGUCCGGGGAGAGCAUCGCGGCGCUCUGGGGCGUCCGGGGAGAGCAUCGCGACGCUCUGGGGCGUCCGAGGAGAGCAUCGCGACGCUCUGGGGCGUCCGGGGAGACCCAUAGCGAUGCUCUCCCCAGAGCGUCGCGAUGCUCUCCCCGGACGCCCCAGAGCGUCGCUAUGCUCUCCCCUGACGCCCCAGAGCGUCGCGAUGCUCUCCCCGGACGCCCCGGAGCGUCGCGAUGCUCUCCCCGGACGCCCCAGAGCGUCGCGAUGCUCUCCCCGGACGCCCCAGAGCGUCGCGAUGCUCUCCCCGGACGCCCCAGAGCGUCGCGAUGCUCUCCCCGGACGCCCCUGAGCGUCGCUAUGCUCUCCCCUGACGCCCCAGAGCGUCGCGAUGCUCUCUCCGAACGCCCCAGAGCGUCGCGAUGCUCUCCCGGGACGCCCCAGAGCUUCACGAUGCUCUCCCCGGACGCCCCAGAGCGUCGCGAUGCUCUCCCCGGACGCCCCAGAGCGUCGCGAUGCUCUCCCCGGACGCCCCAGAGCGUCGCGAUGCUCUCCCCGGACGCCCCAGAGCCUCGCUAUGCUCUCCCUGGACGCCCCAGAGCGUCGCGAUGCUCUCCCCGGAUGCCCCAGAGCGUCGCUAUGCUCUCCCCUGACGCCCCAGAGCGUCGUGAUGCUAUCUCCGGACGCCCCAAAGCGUCGCGAUGCUCUUCCCGGACGCCCCAGAGCGUCGCGAUGCUCUACCCGGACGCCCCAGAGCGUCGCGAUGCUCUCCCCGGACGCCCCAGAGCCGUCGCGAUGCUCUCCCCGGACGCCCCAGAGCGUCGCUAUGGUCUCCCCGGACGCCCCAGAGCGUCGCGAUGCUCUCCUCGGACGCCCCAGAGCGUCGCGAUGCUCUCCCCGGACGCCCCAGAGCGUCGCGAUGCUCUACCCGGACGCCCCAGAGCGUCGCAAUGCUCUCCUCGGACGCCCCAGAGCGUUGCUAUGCUCUCCCCUGAUGCCCCAGAGCGUCGCGAUGCUCUCCCCAGACGCCCCGGAGCGUCGCGAUGCUCUCCCCGGACGCCCCAGAGCGUCGCUAUGAGCGUCGCGAUGCUCUCCCCGGACGCCCAGAGCGUCGCGAUGCUCUCCCCGGACGCCCCAGAGCCUCGCUAUGCUCUCCCUGGACGCCCCAGAGCAUCGCGAUGCUCUCCCCGGAUGCCCCAGAGCGUCGCUAUGCUCUCCCCUGACGCCCAGAGCGUCGUGAUGCUCUCUCCAGACGCCCCAAAGCGUCGCGAUGCUCUUCCCGGACGCCCCAGAGCGUCGCGAUGCUCUACCCGGACGCCCCAGAGCGUCGCGAUGCUCUCCCUGGACGCCCCAGAGCGUCGCUAUGCUCUCCCUGGACGCCCCAGAGCGUCGCGAUGCUCUCCCCGGAUGCCCCAGAGCGUCGCUAUGCUCUCCCCUGACGCCUCAGAGCGUCGCGAUGCUCUACCCGGACGCCCCCAGAGCGUCGCUAUGGUCUUCCCGGACGCCCCAGAGCGUCGCGAUGCUGUCCCCGGAUGCCCCAAAGCGUCGCUAUGCUCUCCCCUGACGCCCCAGAGCGUCGCGAUGCUCUCUCCGGACGCCCCAAAGCGUCGCGAUGCUGUCCCCGGACGCCCCAGAGCGUCGCGAUGCUCUCCCCGGACGCCCCAGAGCGUCGCGAUGCUCUCCCCGGAGGCCCCAGAGCGUCGCUAUGCUCUCCCCGCACGCCUCACAGCGUCGCGAUGCUCUCCCCGGAGGCCCCAGAGCGUCGCGAUGCUCUCCCCGGACGCCCCAGAGCGUCGCGAUGCUCUCCCCGGACGCCCCAGAGCGUCGCGAUGCUCUCCCCGGACGCCCCAGAGCGUCGCGAUGCUCUCCCCGGACGCCCCAGAGCGUCGCGAUGCUCUAUCCGGACGCCCCAGAGCGUCGCGAUGCUCUCCCCGGACGCCCCAGAGCGUCGCUAUGCUAUCCCCGAACGCCCCAGAGCAUCGCGAUGCUCUCCCCGGACGCCCUAGAGCGUUGCUAUGCUCUCCCCUGACGCCCCAGAGCGUCGCGAUGCUCUCCCCGGACGCCCCAGAGCGUCGCGAUGCUCUCCCCGGACGCCCCAGAGCGUCGCUAUGGUCUUCCCGGACGCCCCGGAGCGUCGCUAUGCUCUCCCCGGACGCCACAGAGCGACGCGAUGCUCUCCCCGGACGCCCCAGAGCGUCGCGAUGCUCUCCCCGGACGCCCCAGAGCGUCGCGAUGCUCUUCCCGGACGCCCCAGAGCGUCGCGAUGCUCUACACGGACGCCCCACAGCGUCGCGAUGCUCUCCCCGGACGCCCCAGAGCGUCGCUAUGCUCUCCCCGGACGCCCCAGAGCGUCGCGAUGCUCUCCCCGGACGCCCCAGAGCGUCGCUAUGCUCUCCCCUGACGCCCCAGAGCGUCGCGAUGCUCUCCCCGGACGCCCCAGAGCGUCGCGAUGCUCUCCCCGGAGGCCCCAGAGCGUCGCGAUGCUCUCCCCGGACGCCCCAGAGCGUCGCGAUGCUCUCCCCGGACGCCCCAGAGCGUCGCGAUGCUCUCCCCGGACGCCCCAGAGCGUCGCGAUGCUCUCCUCGGACGCCCCAGAGCGUCGCGAUGCUCUAUCCGGACGCCCCAGAGCGUCGCGAUGCUCUCCCCGGACGCCCCAGAGCGUCGCUAUGCUAUCCCCGAACGCCCCAGAGCGUCGCGAUGCUCUCCCCGGACGCCCUAGAGCGUUGCUAUGCUCUCCCCUGA